AUGGCGACCGCAGGGUCCGCCGAACGACCUGGCAGACCCACCAGAGCCGCCACCGGCAGGUGCCGGUCCGCUACCGGGCCCGUAGCGGGGUCCGGGUCCAGCCCGUCAGAGAACGAGACGAAGAAGUGUUCGGGGAGCGCAGAGGGACAGCCCGGCGGCAGCCCGCCCUGCGGACACCCGGCCUGUCCUCUCUGUCUGGCCCGCAGACAUCCCGGCAGCGGAGAGCGGCUCCGGAGGACGAGCGACCCCGAGAGGAGCGGCAGCAAACCGGGCAGGAGGGACUGCGACAACCGGAGAGAGUUCUUUGUGUCUCCGAAGAGUUUGGACGUUUCUUCAGCGCCGAGCGGGAAACACAAGCUGCCGAUGUGUGAGGAGCGCGAGGAGGCGAAGAGGAGGAACACUCAGACCUGUAAAGACGAGACGGUCCGACGCCACAACCAGCCCGGAGUUCUGUCCGACUCGGAGAACGAGGAGCCAAUCAGCAGGAGGAUCAGGAACAUCUCAGCCUUCAUCAGGAAAACCAAAAACUCUGCAGCCUUCAGCAGUGGUUCUCAGAGGAGUCAGAGCUGCACAGACUCGGUGGAGGAGAGAGGAGUGAAGUUGAAGAUGUUCCCUCAGCCCGCCCUGAUGGACAGAGUCGGUAUCAGCCACAGCUUCACGGCGGGGAUCCUCCUCUCGUCUGAGAACAGUCGCUCUGUCUCCGCCCCCAUCACCGCCCCCGACCGCCGGCUCCCCUGGCGAGCCGUCAUCACGUCGUCCUCUACCCCUCCGGUCGCCCCCCCGCCGCGGCCCGAGCGCUCCAUCAGCCCCGAGAGCAACGACAGCAUCUCCGAAGAACUCAACCACUUCAAACCCAUCGUCUGCUCGCCGUGCACGCCGCCCAAACGCCUGCCGGACGGCCGCGUGAUGGAGCCCGCCAUCGUCAAGUCCACGCCCAGGAACCUGACCCGCGGCCUGCAGAAGGCCACCAGCUACGAGGCCAGUCCCGCCGUGCUGCAGAAGUGGAGGCAGAUCGAGCUGGAUCGCCAGAGUCUCAAGGUGACCUCCAAGGCCACGCUGACGACCCCGGUCAACGAGAUCCACAACAAGACGGGCGGGGGAGACGACGACCGAGGGGGCGGCGCCGCAAAGACACGCCGGUCCCCUUCAGGACGGGACGGAGACGCGGCGACGACGGUCAACAAGAGGAGGCUUCUGUUCGAACCUCCGGCUGCAGACUCCGACGUCCUGCAGAGACAGUCUGUGAAGAUCCGGGUCCCCGCCAUCCGCUACAACAGCGAGGCCGCGUUCAGAGGCGGAACAGACUUUGAGACGACGGGUGGCGCCCCUGAAUCCGGCUGUGCGGGAGCGUUCUUCAGCCGCAGACAGUCGUUCUCUCCGUACUCUAAAAACUCCGGCUUCACGUCGUGUAAGUUAACGCCAAAGGACUCGCAGAGUCCCCGAAGGGAGUCGGACGGCAGCCUCCACAACCAGUCUACCUCGAGGAGGGGCAAGAAGAGGGAGCAGAAGACCAAACACCUGGACUCGGACCGGGACUCGGACACCAAGAGGAACCGGUCUGCGGGUCAGAUCCAGCAGGACCGGGCGCUCGCCCUGAAGCUGCAGAGGCAGUUUGACCUGGAGAACCAGACCGGAGGCCGCAGGAGGAGCCCCGACACCUACUUCCUGCGCUCCUGGAUGUCCAAUCAGAACCGCAGGAGGCGUGGCCUGAGGAGAUCCCGACGAAUCAACAAGAAGCACUAGAUCAGGACAUGGCGUGCUGACUCGGCGGUAGUUCAUAUAUGCAAAGAGACAAGUGGAGAUGGUUUGAAUGUUUUUUUACACGACGUCUUCUCACCAGCAGAUCACCUGACACGACGACGUCUGACUUUCUAUUCAGAGAUGAAGUCAUUUAAAAGACAAAGCCAACACACUCUUUAUACACAAACGAUUGUUGCUGCAGCUGUGAGGGCUGAAUAAACGAGGAGGAAACCAAUCAUCAACGUUUUUAUUAAUAACAGGGCAAACAGCCAAUCACAGUUUCUGACCCACCCUGUGGACACGCCCCUGCUCUGCUAACAUAGAUUAAACUCUGCAGCUGCACCAAAACAAAGUCCAAUAUGUUCCACUGAUGUGUCCACUCAGAGGCCCGGGGGCCACAGUUUGGGCCACGGUAUGGUCUGUGUCUGCUCAGACGUGUGAGCCCUCAUUGUUCAUUGCUGAACUCUCCUCUGUGACCACCGAGGCUCAUGGGUAAUAAUAAUAAUCUUUAUUAAAGACAGGCGGGGCAUAGAAUAAUAAGCGAGGCAAAGAUGAAGAGCUCCAUCCAUUAUCUACCACACUUUUCCCGUUCGGGGUCACGGGGUCGGGAGCUCAUCCCAGCUGUCAUUGGGCGAGAGGCGGGGCUACACCCUGGACUGUUCAGCAGCCAUGUGGUGCUAAAAGGUCCGACAUGUUAGCUGAGAGAAAAGAGCAUGGAGAGCUCUAAAAGAGAUAAAACACAGCGCCGCCGUGCUCAGGUGCUAACACAGGAGUGAUGAUGUCAUUAGUCAAAAGCCUGAGGCAGCUGAGGUCUGCACCAACCCGAGUCCAUCUUUACAAAAAGGUUGUUCCAGUCGUGGAGACGUGACGAGGUCUCUGUGUGUUUUAAAGUUCAAAUAUAUUUCUGAGAUGAUAAAAAGGAGACGAGUCAGUCGCUGUGAAAC